CACAGAUCCUCCCACCCCCUACAAAUUCCACGCCCAUUUCCUUAGCCUCGUGGUGCUUGCCCUCACCCUCCUCAGGCUGGUCAGGCAAUGUCGGCCGGUCAACCCACUAUCGACAACACCAUCGGUUCUGCGUACAUUGGCUGGGGUCUAUCCAGUCUUGUGUUUGGCGUGUUAUGCAUCCAAGUAUGGAGUUAUUACCAGCGAUACCCGCGUGAUAAUACGGCGUACAAGUCACUCGUUGGGGGAUUGUGGCUCCUGGAAUUGCUGCACCAAGUCAUGGUCGGCCAUUGCGUCUACUCUUACACCGUCACGAAUUUCGGAAACGUAUUAGCCCUUGCAGAGAAACCUGUUUGGACCCUGAGCUGGCAGGUCUUCAUAGGCGCGCUUGUCGGAACAAUUGUUAAAAUAUGCUUCGGCAUGCGCGUGUGGAAGUUUAGCAAGGGCAAUUAUUUCAUCACAGGCACCAUUAUGGUUUUGGCUGUGGCGCAACUCGGCACGGCGUUGACUUAUACACUGAGAUCGGUUAAACUGCGUCUGAUUCAGGCUAAUCAGUUGAAGACGCUUGGAACGACCUCUCUGGCGCUCGGUGUGGCAACAGAUAUCGUCACUGCCGCCGCGCUAUCGUAUUUCCUACACAAGAUGCGUACAGGAUAUGCAAAGUCCGAUACCCUUAUAAAUCGACUGAUACUGUACUCUGUGAAUAAUGGAAUUUUGACUAGCGCGUGCAGUCUCACAGUCGUCAUUCUGUACAAUGUCAUGCCAACCAACUUCAUCUUUAUGGGCCUGUACUUCGUUUUGAGCAAACUGUACGCAAACUCAU